CAGUCCUUCCGGUUUGACCGCCAUCAUAGACAGCAGACAUGGCUAUUCGCUACCCGAUGGCCGUUGGCCUCAGCAAAGGACACCCGGUCACCAAGAACGUGACUGCUCCCAAACACAGCCGCCGGCGCGGGCGUCUGACCAAACACAGCAAGUUUGUUCGGGACAUGAUCCGUGAAGUGUGCGGCUUCGCUCCGUAUGAGAGGCGAGCCAUGGAGCUGUUGAAGGUGUCCAAGGACAAGAGAGCCCUCAAGUUUAUCAAGAAGAGGAUCGGCACCCACAUUCGGGCUAAGAGAAAGAGGGAGGAGCUGAGCAACGUGCUGGCUGCGAUGAGGAAAGCUGCUGCUAAGAAGGACUAAUCUGUCGCUUAAUAAAACGUUUGGUAAAUACAAAA